GGACCUUUAACCUUCUCAUCGUCUUCACCCUUCGAGAGAGAGAGAGAUGGGAACUAUGAACCAUGGAGGGUUGUUCGACGAACAACAAGAGAUGUUAAACCCUAAUCCCAAUCAUCUGGGUUUCUUCUCUUUUCCUCAUCACAACACAAAUCUCUUUUCUUCUUCUGUUUCUGCUUCCUCCUCGUUCACUUCUUCGUCUUCGUCUUCUCCUUCUUCUUUAGCGUCUCCGUUUUCGGGCACGAACUGUCAACAACCUCUCAUAAAAGCCUUUGUUAAUAAUAUGAAUCCAAGCAUCUCCUCCUUUGCUCCUAAUGAUCCUAUCAAUCUCAUCGCAAACCUCUCCGAAACCCUAAUUCCACCAUCGGCUUCGAAGCACAGAGACAGCAGUCACAUCGAUUUCAAUCAUAAUCGCCUCGUUGGUGGUUCGUCCCAAAGACCGGUUCCAAAUCCGUGGGCAUGGGGAGAUGAGAGAGAAGAACAAGAGGGAUGCCUAUGGAGCAAGAGAAGCAGCCAUGGCGGCAGGGAUGAUGAUCAUCGUACUGCGUUGGGUGUUUCGUCGAUGAAGAUGAAGAAACUGAAGUCAAGAAGAAAGGUGAGGGAACCGAGGUUCUGUUUCAAGACACUAAGCGAGAUUGAUAUCUUAGACGAUGGCUACAGAUGGAGGAAAUAUGGUCAGAAAGUUGUCAAGAACACCCAACAUCCCAGGAGCUACUACAGAUGCACGCAGGACAAUUGCAGGGUGAAGAAGAGGGUGGAGAGAUUAGCUGACGAUCCGAGAAUGGUGAUUACCACUUACGAAGGGAGGCACGUUCACUCCCCUUCUCAUGACCACGACGACUCUCUUCAGAACCAGCCUCCUCUCUCCAACUUCUUCUGGUGAUUUUCUUUAAUUCCCCCGCUUUGGCUAGUUAUAUGAUUAACUCCCACAAAUACUUAUGUAACUGAUAUUACAUAUAAUUAUAUAUAUAUAUGUGUUAAAAAAACAUGAAUAUGAUGAGGAAAAACAUACGUAUAUGUGUAUAUGUAUGUACUCUCUAGAGGACUGUAGUUGGGUUUUAUCGUAUGUAUAAUGUGAAGUCUGUGUUUUCUGUAUUUGGCUGUCAUUAGAUUGUGUAUUAGAAAAUAUUAUAUAUAUAUAUAUGGUCUCUUGACAGAUA